CACAUAAACAUUCAGACAGGGAAGAGAGAGAGGAGAGAGAGAAAGAGAGAGAGGAGAAAGAGAGAGAGGAGAGAUAUGUUGUUUCAGGUGGGAGGGCAAGGGACUCGUCCCACCUUCUUCGAGAUGGCCGCCGCCCAGCAGCUCCCGGCCAGUCUUCGCGCCGCCCUCACCUAUUCCGUUGGCGUAUUGGCUUUAAGAAGACCAUUUCUCCACAAGGUGUUGGACUAUGAAGAUGAAUUCUUUGCUUUGUUGAUGCUUGUUCUUGAAACUCAUAGCUUACGCACUACAGAUGCUUCUUUUGCUGAAUCUUUAUAUGGCUUGAGAAGGAGAGCUGUGAAGAUAAAAGUGAAGAAGGACAAUACCCAUCUGAACUUAGGUGGUGAGAUUAACCAUUCUGGGUUGGAGAAGCGCCAGAAAGUUCUUUCUGUUGUCUUUCUGGUUAUACUGCCAUAUUUCAAGUCAAAAUUGCAUUCAGUGUACAAUAGAGAAAGGGAAGCCAGGCUUCAAGCAAGUUUAUGGGGACAUGAUGAUGAAAGAUUUGAUGAUGUUGAUAUAAUUGGUAGAGAGGAGGAUUCUCUUAUUCCAAGAGGAACCUCUGAUGCAGGAUUAUCAGUUCGGACACGUCUGGCUAAGAAGAUUCAGAAAAUUAUAGGGGCUUGCUACCCCUGGGUAUAUGCUAGUAGUGAAGGAUUAUCUUUUGCUUAUCAGCUGUUAUAUUUGUUGGAUGCUACUGGAUUCUAUUCCUUAGAAUUACAUGCUCUUGGUAUUCAUGUCUGUCGAGCUACAGGGCAAGAGCUUAUGGAUACCUCAUCUAGAAUUUCAAAGAUCAGAAGCCAUGAACGUGAGAGACUUCGUGGUCCUCCCUGGUUGAAGAAAGUGCAAGGACUACUACUCAGCUGUACGUACACAGUUCUUGAUUACGCACAAACUGGGUUAAUUGCGGCAGUAUUCUUUUUCAAAAUGAUGGAAUGGUGGUACCAAUCUGCUGAAGAGAGAAUGUCAGCUCCAACUGUAUAUCCUCCGCCCCCACCUCCCCCUCCCCCUCAGGUAGCAAAAGAGGGUAUUCCUCUGCCACCCGACAGAACACUUUGCCCCUUGUGUUCACAGAAGCGGGCAAAUCCAUCCGUAGUUACAGUUUCGGGGUUUGUCUUCUGCUAUGCUUGUGUAUUCAAGUAUGUCUCUCAGUAUAAGCGCUGCCCGGUCACAUUACUGCCUGCUAACGUCGACCACAUAAGGAGACUCUUUCAUGAUAUGUAGAAAAUUCAGUCUGCUGUUGUGAGGAAGAAAAUCUAGCCGGCCUGGACCCGGAUUUCCUUUGGCACUGCCAUCCGUCUUGAGCUUCUGGUAUCCUGCAAGAGGGAAAUGCCACAACAUUAGUCUAGUUUCUUGGAUACAUACGAUGUAGAUUUGGUUUAGUUACUUUUCCCUGCCAAAGAAAAUAAUUCUCCCCCCAAAGAAAUAGAGAUGUACCAACUGUCACGGGUCAAGAGAAUUGGGAUAUACUAACUAUUUGUGAAGUUUUUGCCUAGCAACUUUUUCUUUUCAACUUAAACACCCUUUCUUAUGUCAUCUACUUAGUAUUGCUCUAAACUACAGAUUGAUUGGA